UUGGCCCAACCAUAAAGCCCAGGUUUAAGGCCCAACUGCUGAACCCUCCUUCCCUGUCAGAUCCGAGCAGGGUUUAUUGGAAAUGUAAAACCCUAAAGAUUAAUUUUCAGUGAAAUGAAACCAUUGAAGAUCGGACAACCAUGGCGAUCUCUCUUAGACGCGCGUUCUCAAUUAGAAACGUCCUUCUCAUUCGGAGCUCCGCUCUUCACAGCCGAGACUUCUCAUAUUUGAUCAGCUCUGACUAUGGCGUGUGCAACUCCGAGGCACGUAGGGUUCUUACUCUUCCGGCUAUUGAUUUCAUCAGAGAAAGUCGCAGAGGAUUCGCCAAAGGCCGCAAGUCAAAGGAUGACUCUGCUGCGAGCUCAGUUGAAGUAUUACCAGAUAUGGGACCAACUAUUAAGUCCAAUGCAACCUCACAGAUGGAAGCGGCCAUUGCUGCAUUAUCAGGGGAGUUAACCAAACUCCGAACUGGAAGGGCAUCCGCAGGAAUGCUCGACCACAUUAUAGUGGACACUGGUGAUGUGAAGUUGCCUUUGAAUCAGAUAGCUGUCGUUUCAGUUUUAGACUCUAAAACCUUGUCGAUUAAUCCUUUUGAUCCCACUGCUCUGAAAAGCAUGGAGAGCGCCAUUGUUUCCUCUCCCUUGGGCCUAAAUCCUAGGGUGGAUGGUGAGCGGCUGAUUGCGGUUAUUCCUCCAUUGACAAAAGAGCAUAUUCAGGCUGUGUGUAAAGUGGUUAUGAAGUCUUGUGAAGAUGCCCGACAAAGUAUAAGAAGGGCUCGUCAAAAGGCAAUGGAUACAAUAAAGAAAUUGCAAUCAAGUUACCCCAAAGAUGAUUUAAAAAGAUUGGAGAAAGAGGUUGAAGAGUUGACCAAAAAGUUCAUUAAGACUGCAGAGGACCUAUCUAAGGCAAAGGAAAAGGAGAUCACAAGCUAAGGUGGCAGUGGUGUGGUGUCAUUUGUUUUCUUGUUGCAGAAAUAGCCCUACCACAUCAUUGUUAAAAAGAAUCAACCCUUUUUACUGACUGGAUUCUUUGAUCUGUCACAUGUUGUUUACCCAAGUUUUCCGUUGAAAUGUUUCCCAUAUUGGAAAUUAGCUUACUGAUUCCAUAUAUGAGCUUAAGGUGAAUAAGAGUUUUAAAGUUCUACAAUUUUGAGUAUUUUACAAUGACAUAAUGGUACUUUUCUUGUAUUGUAAUGCCACCCAUUAUUAUACAGAGCACUUGGCGUUUGUGUAUUCUUCUUUGUGACAAUCCAAUAUAUAAUUUUCCCUA